CUUUACAUGUUGCGUUUAUGUUUUUGCUGAGUGUAUAUUGAUCAAAUAAGCUAUUACAUUUUUUGUUGACCAAAUUCAACACUCUCUCAUUGACCUCCAUGCAAAAACUCUUCACUUCGUGGGCAGAUUUUGGGCGGAGUAAAACCUCUCGCCUAGCCUCUUCCUCUCUGGCUUUAACAACUUCAGUGGAAUAACGAAAGGACAAAGAGGAUACGAUCUAGAUUCUAGACAAACCUUCUUUAUAACCAGAAGAAUCGUUAAACAGUUGGAAGGGCGAAGCCAGAAUUAUGAAUCUUCCGGAGGUGAAGGCGUGAGUGGAGCCGGUCUCCCACGGACAGCCCAGCAUGGACAGCUUCUUUAAGGCUGCUGUGUGCGACCUGGACAAGCUGCUGGAUGAUUUUGAGCUCAAUACAGAUGAGCAUGAGUGCAGAUCAGUCUCCCUGUCGCCUCCCUCAUAUCCCGGCCACUCUCUGGGCGCCCAGGGUUUCCUUCCGGAACCCUCCAAAGUUCCAGUUCCGCACUCUCUCCCUGACCUCAACUCCCUGCACUACGGCUCUGCUUCCAGCUCCCCCGACCAUCCUAGCCCCAGUCCUGUGGAGCGCGAGACCAAGGCCCGGCCCCUCACUGGGGUGGACCUGCUCUCCUCUGUAGACGGCCGGGGGUCAGCUAAGAGCUCUGCACCGCCCUGCCCAGARCGGGCCCUGAAGCCUGUGUGUGAUCUGGUCAGUGACACAGGCUCAGCCCACCUCCUCCGGGCCAACAGCCACAACGCCUCCAGUAAGCUGGACGUGGCAGAGAGCCGGCUGGAGGAGGAGCUGCUGGUGGACUUCACCAGCCCCGUGGUGGCUUUGCCUAGGGAAGCCUCAGCAGGCCUGGGUCUGGGUCCCGGACACGGGAGUACUGAGGGGAGGGAGGCUCUUGGCGGGGGAGGGGAGGUGCUGCUGGGGCUGGACUCUGGUGGUUAUGCUGCCUCUCUCAGUCUGCUCGAUGUGAUUUUGCCUGCUGCUGUGGAGAGAGCCUGUGAGCCCACGAAUCCCCCCUCGCUGAGAAACUCUGAGUCUGGAGAGACGGAGGGAGAGGAGGCAGGCAUAGAGGUGGCACUAAUCAACUGUCAACUGGAGAACUCACCUGACCACCAGGACCAGCCUGUAGUCCUGCCUGUUGCCAUGGACACCAAGACAGAGGACACUCCCACGUGUGAUAUCGCCACAGAUGUCAGGGAUGAGGGCGAGGGGUCUUUGGAGCGCUCUGAGCUGGCUGAAGCAGAGAGUUCUGUGAGCUGCACUGGACAGGAACUUAACUCUGAYGACUGCAGUGACUGUGUGUCUGAGAGCCCCUCAGCCCUGUCCUGCCUGCCCAUGGCCGUGUCCAUGUGCAGGGCCCUGGUGGCCUCCAAGAACCCUGAGGAGGCCAUGGGAGGAGGGUUAGAGGUGGCUGAGGCUGUCCCAACGGAGACCUUAGAGGCAGAGUGCCUGUCUGCCUCUGAGGUGCAGGAGGAAGUCAGUCUCCCAGAGAACCCUGGGACUGUGGAGGACUGUACCAGCCCUGAUUCUGCCCCUGAGGACCUCUCUGUCCAGUCCCCUAAUACAGAGACCCCAGAGAUGACAACUAUGCCUUUCCACCUGGCUGUCUCAGCUCCCCCUGUCUCCCAGGUCAGCUUCUCUCAAGUGGAGGUCCAGCCGGCCCCCAUGUCUCCAGAGCGACCUGCGUCCCCUCCCUCAGAGCCCAGCCUAAGCCCGGUGGACCCCCCUGAGUUUGGCUUUGAGUACCUGCCGGAGAGUGACCAGGCUGGGCUGCUGGUGACUGAUGAGGAGCUGGAUGCUUUCCUCCGUGGGGAGGCUCAAGGUGAGGAGGACCAGGGAGUCCCUCACUGCGAGAGGCCCGGGGAGAACCUCCAGGACGAGGGCUUCUCCGAGCUCAAUGGGGACCUGGAGGAGCGGCUGGUGGAGGAGGAGCUGCAGAGCUACAGCCGGAGCCGAGGGGAGGGGUUGGCCUACCCGGAUAGCGACAGGACCUCGUCCGCAUCUGCAGAGGGGAGUGUGAGCCUAUCCCCCUCCAUGCCCUCCCAGGACCCCAGUAGUCCCAGUAACCUCCCACCACCCUACUUUGGAGGGGCCCGACCCAAACAGCUGCACUGCCAAGCAACCAGGGCACCUCCAGCAGUAGGGGAGGACCAGGGGCCCAGUAGCCCCACAGACAGCACCGACGCUGGGGAGGAGGUGGACCAGAGCCCCUCUCCUCCCAGCCCCAAUCUUGCUCAGGACCCCUCUAAACUGGGUGUGCCCUGCCCAGGGUACUCCCCAACAGAGCCCUACYAGAGCAGUGUGGGGUACAACGAGCUGUCGGAGCCCCCACCCUACCCUGGUGAGCCUGCUGAGGAGGGGUCUGGGUCCUCAGAGGGGAGGGAGGUGGAGGUGGAGGAUGAGAAUGGGCUGGGGUGCAAGCAACCCCCCUGGGUGCCGGAUUCGGAGGCUCCCAACUGUAUGAACUGCUGGCAGAAGUUCACGUUCACCAGGAGGAGGCACCACUGCCGGGCCUGUGGGAAGGUGUACUGUGCCAUGUGCUGCAACAGGAAAUGCAAGCUGAAGUACCUGGACAAGGAGGCCCGGGUGUGUGUCAUCUGCUUCGAGACCAUACACAGAACCCAGGCGCUGGAGCGUAUGAUGAGUCCGACAGGUCCGAGCCCCAACCCCAACGUCCCGUCAGAGUACUGCAGCACAAUCCCGCCCCUGCAGCAGGCCCGGGCUGCAGGCACCCUCAACUCCCCUCCGCCCACCGUCAUGGUGCCCGUCUCCGUGCUCAAAACCCCCGGCAGCGACGGUUGUCCUCGUGAGCAGAAGCGUGUGUGGUUUGCAGAUGGCAUCUUGCCCAACGGAGAGGUGGCCGACACCACCAGGCUAUCUGUGACUUGCAGGAGGAGUUCCCAGGAGUCCAGCCCUGUCGCACCAGACGCCCCUACGGCUGGCAGCAGAGUAUCCCCUGGCUUUGCAGCGGUGUCUGAGAGUGGUAUGUCGGCCCCUGAGGUCCCAGCAAAGGUGGAGGUUGUGCGGCCCCCAGUGUCGGGGCCCUGGGACUACAGCCUGCUGUGUGGGCUAGGGAGCUGCYUAGAGAGGAGCCCCAGUCUGCUGCCAGAGGAUGACGAGGGCCUGCCACCUCUACUCAUCACCACCGGAGAAGAGGAGGGGGGAGGAGAUCUAUUGGUGGAGGAGCGACCUGCCCCCUGCCAGAUCCUGCUCCUAUUGGAGGAGGGAGGCCCGCGACCUUUAACCUUUGUCCUCAACGCCAACCUGCUGGUCAAUGUCAAACUAGUCAGCUACUGCAGUAGGAAGUGCUGGUGUCUGGGCUCCAGUGGUCUACAGACAGUAGGGCAGAGGGAGGUAGUGUUCAUCCUGGAGUGUCUGCCUGAGGAGAGAUCUCUGCCCAAAGACCUGUUCACGCUGUACCUCUCCAUCUACCAGGACGCACAGCGGGGAAAGUUUGUGGAGGAGCUGGGCAACGUGGCGUUCACAGGUAGUUUCCUGGGUAGUAAGGAGCACGGCGGGGUGCUGUUCUUCUCCCCUACCUUUCAGGCCCUGGAGGGCCUCUGUCUGCCUCCACAGCCCUUCCUCUGUGGCCUGCUCAUCCAGAGGCUGGAGGUGCCCUGGGCCAAGGUCUUCCCCCUUAGACUGCUGCUACGGCUGGGAGCAGAACACAGUGUGUACCCCAGUACGCUGGUCAGCGUCCGCUUCAGAGAGACUGUGUUCAGAGAGACCGGACACACCAUCAUGAACCUGCUGGCUGACCUGAGGAACUACCAGUARAGUCUGCCUGCCGUGGAGGGRCUGAGGAUCCACAUGGAGAUGGGCCACAGCUACAUAGACAUUCCCAAGAGUAGCUUUACUGAGAUGCUGAAGGUGGUGAACGCAUCUAACGAGCAUGUGAUCAGUGUGGGCGCUGGCUUCAGCUCGGAGGCUGAUUCCCACCUGGUCUGUUUCCAGAACGASGAGGGCAACUACCAGAGCCAGGCCAACAGCCAGCCUGGCAAGACACGCACUGUGACGGGGGCCAGCUUCGUGGUAUUCAACGGUGCURUGAAGGCGUCGUCGGGCUUCAUCGCCAAGUCGAGCAUCGUGGAGGACGGCCUGAUGGUGCAGAUCCCCCCAGAGACCAUGGAGGCCCUGCGCGCCGCCCUGAGGGUGCAGACGGACUUCCACAUCCCCUGUGGCAAGGCCGACGGAGGGGAGCUCCGGGACAACAUCACCGUGCGCUGGGUCGACUGGCGUGCUCCCGUCAACGCUGGUGUGACCAGCGGUGUGGACGGGAAACCUCUGGAGGGGGUCCACAGUGUGAGGAUGCAGCAAGACACCGAGUUUGAGUCGGACGGYCYCACCAUCAGGUGUACUGAGGUGUUCUACGUGUUGAAGAAUCCAGACGUGAUCCUGUCUGCGGUGCUGCCGUCCUGCUGUGUGUUCCAGAGGGAGAUGGCUMUGGCCAGCUGUAGUGCUCUGACCCCUCACCUCUCUGUCCUGUCAGCCAGCGGCAUCAACUCCCUCGCCCUCCGAGUCUCCACACAAACAGACAUGGUGGAGUACCAGGCGGGUUCGGGAGGCAGGCUCCUACCCCAGCGCUAUAUGAACGAGUUGGACAGCGCUCUGAUCCCCGUCAUCCACGGCGGCUUGGCCAGCGUGCCACAGACAGCCAUGGACAUGGAGUUUAUUUCUACAUCACACACACCAUUUAACACACACACACACAACACACACACACACACACACACACACACACACACACACACA